GUGGUGGGCCUUGCUGCUCUUGUCCUUGUUGCCUGUGGUGCGGCCCUUCUACGUUCCCGGAGUGGCUCCUCGAGACUUCCAUGAGAGUGAAACAGUAGAUAUUAAGGCUGUGAAGUUGACCAGCUCCCGAACCCAGCUUCCUUAUGAAUACUACUCCCUGCCUUUCUGUAGGCCAGAUUCUGUCUUCUACAAGGGAGAGAACCUGGGUGAGGUGCUGCGUGGGGACCGUAUCGUGAAUACUCUCUACAAUGUGGAGAUGAACAAGGACAGGAAAUGUGAGAUGGUGUGCAACAAGAAAAAGCUCAGCAUAGAAGAGAGCAAGCUGGUUGCUGAGCGAAUACAGGAGGAGUAUUAUGUUCACCUGAUUGCAGAUAACCUGCCAGUCGCCACCAGAUUGGAGUUGAGUCCUUACAGAGAGGCAGGAGGAGAGGAGGAGCAGAGGAAGGACACGGUCAAAGAUAUCCAGUUUGAACACGGCUACAGACUGGGCUUCGUCGACAACAACAAGUUCUACCUGCACAACCACUUGUCCUUCAUCCUGUACUUCCACAGGGAGAAGCUGGAGCAGGGAGAACUCCACGACUACAGAGUGGUGCGAUUCGAGGUCGUACCCCAAAGUGUGAAAGUAGAGGAUUUAAAGGCUGUGGAAAAAGACAAGACCUGCACGUUGCCUGAGGCCAGCGGCUCUGCUGCUCAGGAGAUUGAUCCCAGCAGGGAGAAUGAGGUCCUCUUCACCUACUCUGUUCACUGGGAGGAGAGCGAGGUGAAGUGGGCGUCUCGAUGGGACACUUACCUGACCAUGAGCGACGUUCAGAUUCACUGGUUCUCCAUCGUUAACUCUGUGGUGGUGGUCUUCUUCCUGUCUGGUAUCCUCAGUAUGAUCAUUAUCAGGACUUUAAGAAAGGACAUUGCUAACUACAACAGAGAGGACGACAUUGAGGACACCAUGGAGGAGUCGGGAUGGAAGAACGUCCACGGAGAUGUCUUCAGGCCGCCUCAGUAUCCCAUGAUCCUCAGCUCCCUGCUGGGCUCAGGGAUUCAGCUCUUCUGUAUGAUCCUCAUUGUCAUCUUUGUUGCCAUGUUGGGCAUGUUGUCUCCUUCCAGCAGAGGAGCCUUGAUGACCACUUCAUGCUUCCUGUUCAUGUUUAUGGGUGUAUUUGGUGGUUACUUCGCCGGCAGACUGUACCGCACACUGAAAGGCCAUCGGUGGAAGAAAGGAGCCUUUUGUACAGCAACCCUGUAUCCUGCAGUGGUUUUCGGUAUCUGCUUCAUCCUCAACUGUUUCAUCUGGGGAGAACACUCCUCUGGGGCGGUUCCCUUCACAACGAUGCUAGCCCUGCUGUGUAUGUGGUUUGGUAUCUCCAUGCCGCUGGUCUACCUGGGCUAUUACUUCGGUUUCCGCAAACAGCCAUACGACAACCCCGUACGCACCAACCAGAUCCCUCGGCAGGUCCCCGAGCAGCGCUGGUACAUGAACAAGUUCGUAGGAAUCCUGAUGGCUGGGAUCCUGCCAUUUGGUGCCAUGUUCAUUGAGCUAUUCUUCAUUUUCAGUGCCAUCUGGGAGAAUCAGUUCUAUUACCUGUUUGGCUUCCUGUUUCUGGUCUUCAUCAUCUUGGUGGUCUCCUGCUCUCAGAUCAGCAUCGUCAUGGUUUACUUCCAGCUCUGUGCAGAGGACUACCGGUGGUGGUGGAGAACUUUCCUGGUAUCAGGAGGCUCAGCGUUCUAUGUUCUCAUUUACGCUGUCUUCUACUUUAUCAAUAAGCUGGACAUCGUGGAGUUCAUCCCCUCCCUCUUGUACUUUGGCUACACGGCUCUGAUGGUCCUCUCCUUCUGGCUGCUAACAGGCACAAUCGGUUUCUACGCCGCUUACAUGUUCAUCAGGAAAAUCUACGCCGCGGUCAAAAUCGACUGAGUCGCUGUCGCUGCUGUUCCUGUCGUUUUUUUGGGUUUUUUUCGUCACGUUCCGUUUUUGUUUUAUUUUUUUUUAAUAUAUAUAUUUUUUAUUCUUUAUGUCCAACAAGCACUGACUUGUGUGUCGAGGGGACAAGAGGGGUGUUUUGUACGGCGCAUCAGCCCCACCCACUGGCCUCAUGGGGAAGAACAGCAAACGGUCUCUCUCCCCCCUCGCCUCUCUCCUUCCCCUCCCCCCUCCCCUCCCUCCUCUUACCAGGACAGAGACACAGAGGGAGUUUUCCUCUGCUGGGACAGUUAAUGUCUUCUGCUGUUUUACCUUCAUUACAACACAGCGGGCCAAAGCUUGUCUUACGAUGGUUUCUGCACAUUUUUUUUUUUGUCUUUUCAUUUGUGUUUUGAGUCUAACUUAUCCAGGUUUGCAUUUCUCGUCUUCACGAGAUUUAUCUUGGACUUAAUUUACUUUUUGAUCAUCUCUCGGGAGUUUCAUUUUUCUUUUUUCAUCUGAUUUCCUUACAUAAAUUGUCUUUACUCUUUCCAUCGUCUCUGUUUUCAAAUGUCACAUUUCUUUCAUUACAGAGACUUUACAGAUCAGGGAAGGAUCGGGGAGUCUAACUGUGGUUAUGGUGUUCAGUUUUGUUGUGUUAACUGAUAUGGAUGGAAUUAUGCUGGGAAGCUCCACAUUGUAACACAAGAAAGGAUCAAUUAAAUUGUUCUAUUAUUUUUUACUUCAGUUUCCAUGUCCUGGUGUGACCAUGUUAACCACAACUGUAAUCAAAAUAUGACUUUUCUCCUUCCAAAACAACGGUCUCUGUUAAUGUCAAAAUAUUGCUCCAUUAGCUCUAAAUGAUCCAGAACAGCUCUGAAUAAUGAUGUGAACCCGUUGCCCUGAAGCGAUGGACUGUUGGUGAAGCUGCUGGAGCUGGAGAGAAGGAGAAGCUCCACACAGUCAGCACAGAAAUGACAAUGUAUUAGAAACUCUACAACACAACGUGUGUGUGUGUGUGUGUGUGUGUGUGUGUGUGUCUUUUCCAGCAGUAAAUGAUUCUGUUUAUUAACCAUGCCGUCAGUGUAGCCUUAGCAGUGCUGUGAACGCCUGCUGAACUAUGCAGUUAAUGGAAAGAUGUGCAACGUAACGGUUUGUGAAGUUCAUAUCAAAAAGGACCAUUUUUGGUUGUUUCUUUGAAAGUUUGAAACUUAAUGUAUGAAACCUUUUUUGUGUACAGUAUGACAAAUAAUUUCUGAAAGCCAGCAAGCUCACCUCUACAUGUGUCUACCGGUGGUGGUGGUGGUGGUGGUGGUGGUAGAUGUCAUCUUUGAUAGCGCCCGGGUCUCAAAAGAUGUAGAGCAUUAAAAUGUAAUCCACAGUGUUCUUAUUA